AUGAUAAAACUAAGCGGCAUAUAUUCCUACUGGCAUUACAAAGCUUGGCAACGUGCUACGGCUGGAUAUUUGAGGACAUUUAUUAAAAACAAUUUAGCGAACAACGAAAUGGUCGGUUACGUCAUUAACGACAAGCAUCCCAAGAGCAUACGAGUUGCAUGUGACAGGUACAUGUACGUCGUUCGGUACAAAAAGACCUUCAGGUACACAAAAAAAAUUUGGGCGCAUGACGAAAAGAGCGAAGCAAAGAUCGGAGACAUUGUCCGGAUUCAACCACUGGGGUAUCGGAUAGGCCCCUGGAAAAAUUACAUCCUCGUCAAAAUUUUGUACAAGGAAAAUAAGGAGUGA